AGUUUGGACAACCAGAUUCGCCUUUUAAAAGAAGAAAUUAUUAACAUUAAAUAUGCCAUUUAAUGGGCACGAUUAAACGUAGUUAACACACUUGUAUUAAAUGAAGCUAGUUCAGGGACAGAAAGCGCUGUGUAGUUUUAGCAAUGCCGACCAUGUACCCAAAAUAGAAGAAGUAGACGAUGGAAUCAUCCUACUAAACGACUACGAUGGAAACGCAACAUGGAACAACACAGAACUUCACCUAGAGGGCACCUAUCUGGUUCAACUAUCAAAUGACUCGAUAAUUAUCAACAACCAGCAGUUCAGCAACUUGGAACCUACAGUCUCGACCCCCGGAGCACCUCUUGUGCAGUUUACGGCCGAAGAAAAGAAAGACUUAAGGUUCUAUCUAUUGAAGCAUUGGAAGCAUUGCACAUAA